AUGGAAAAUAUUAUAGUUGCUGCUGCUGGGGCUGCAACAACAAUAUCUACAUAUCCAUUAUGGGUUGUUAAGAUAAAACUCCAAAAAAUGCUGUCUAAAAGGCCGGUGGGAAACUUGGAAAGCCAAAAUCCUGCAUCCACAGAUGCAUGCUAUUUCUGCAAUCUUAGACUGCCAGCUAUUGGAUUCUCACCUGUGGAAAACACUCAUGUUCUACUCCAUGACCAUAAUGAGUAUCUCGACAAAGAUGAAUACUUGAAAGGAAUCAAAAUAUAUGAGUCAAUUAUUAAGGCAUAUGCAUCCUAUGAUGAACAUGUAAAAGAUGAAUUAUGA